CACAAAAAUAAAAUUUUAACAUUGGGGGCGUCUCUGCUUUUUCCCACUCUCUGCUAGGGUUUCAGAGUCGCCGCGCUUCUCUCUUCCUUCAACUCGCUCCUCACUCACUCACUGACUCACUGUUCUUCCAUCACCGAUUCCGUUCGUUAACUCGCCGUUCAGAUGGCCAUGGAGGUUACUCAAAUUCUUUUAAAUGCGCAAGCAGUGGAUGGCGCUGUCAGGAAACAAGCUGAAGAUAACUUGAAACAGUUUCAGGAACAGAAUCUUCCAAGUUUCUUGUAUUCUCUUGCUGGGGAAUUGGCAAACGAUGACAAACCUGCGGAGAGCAGGAAGCUGGCAGGUUUAAUUCUGAAGAAUGCUCUGGAUGCGAAGGAACAGCACAGAAAGGUGGAACUUAUUCAAAGAUGGCUGUCUCUCGACCCAGCUUUGAAAGCCCAGAUUAAAGCAUUCUUGUUGAGGACCCUUUCUUCUCUUUCUCUCGAUGCUCGAUCAACCGCGUCACAAGUCAUUGCAAAAGUUGCUGGUAUCGAAUUGCCUCACAAGGAAUGGCCUGAAUUGGUGGGGUCCCUUUUGUCAAACAUUCAUCAGCUGCCUGCCCCUACAAAGCAGGCAACUCUUGAGACCCUCGGGUACAUUUGUGAAGAAGUGUCCCCGGAUGUGGUAGAGCAGGAUCAUGUAAAUAAGAUACUCACUGCGGUUGUUCAGGGUAUGAAUUCUACAGAAGAAAACAAUGAUGUCAGGCUUGCUGCGAUACGGGCAUUGUACAAUGCAUUGGGUUUUGCUCAGGCAAAUUUUUCUAAUGAUAUGGAGCGUGAUUACAUUAUGAGAAUUGUUUGUGAGACCACUCUUUCUCCUGAACCGAAGAUCCGGCGAGCAGCUUUUGAGUGUUUGGUAGCUAUUUCUUCAACAUACUAUGAAAAGUUGGCUCCUUAUAUCCAAGACAUCUUUAACAUCACUGCCAAGGCUGUAAGGGAAGAUGAGGAGCCUGUUGCGCUUCAGGCAAUCGAGUUCUGGAGCUCCAUAUGUGAUGAAGAAAUUGAUAUAUUAGAAGAAUAUGGAGGUGAAUUUAGUGGGGAUUCAGACAUUCCUUGCUUUUACUUUAUUAAGCAAGCACUUGCAUUUCUUGUUCCGAUGCUACUGGAGACCUUGCUAAAGCAACAAGAGGAUCAAGAUCAGGAUGAAGGAGCUUGGAACAUUGCUAUGGCUGGCGGUACAUGUUUGGGGUUGGUUGCACGAACAGUUGGUGAUGAUAUUGUGCCUCUGGUGAUGCCAUUUAUUCAAGAGAACAUAACUUUACCAGAUUGGAGGCAAAGGGAAGCUGCAACUUAUGCAUUCGGCUCCAUUCUGGAAGGCCCAUCACCUGACAAACUUGUGCCACUUGUGAAUAUGGCUUUGAACUUCAUGCUCACUGCACUGAUGAAGGACCCAAAUAAUCAUGUGAAGGACACAACUGCAUGGACUCUUGGGCGGAUGUUUGAGUUUUUGCAUGGGUCAGCUUUAGAUACUCCCAUCAUCACUCCAGCAAAUUGCCAACAGAUUAUUACUGUGCUUAUUCAGAGCAUGAAAGAUGCUCCAAAUGUUGCUGAGAAGGCAUGUGGUGCUCUUUACUUUCUGGCUCAAGGCUAUGAGGAUGCUGGAUCUGCAUCCUCUCCACUGUCCCCCUUCUUUCAAGAAAUUGUUCAAUCCCUUCUCACAGUAACUCACAGAGAGGAUGCUGGAGAGUCCCGCCUUAGAACAGCAGCCUAUGAAGCCUUAAAUGAGGUAGUGAGGUGUUCUAAUGAUGAAACAGCUCCACUGGUUGUACAACUGGCUCCUAUCAUCAUGGCGGAGCUCCACCAAACUCUUGAGAAUCAGGGCUCAUCUGAUGAGGGGCUGAGUGAGUUACAGGGCCUUCUCUGCGGUUGCUUGCAAGUCAUCAUACAGAAGUUAGGAUCAUCUGAACCUACGAAAUAUCAUUUCAUGCAGUACGCUGACCAAAUUAUGAGUUUAUUCUUAAGAGUGUUUGCUUCUCGAAGUACAACAGCUCAUGAGGAGGCUAUGCUUGCCAUCGGAGCUUUGGCCUAUGCAACUGGCCCUGAUUUUGUUAAAUAUAUGCCAGAGUUUUACAAGUAUUUGGAGAUGGGCCUCCAAAAUUUUGAGGACUACCAGGUUUGUGCUAUUACAGUGGGCGUGGUUGGUGAUGUAUGCAGGGCUUUGGAGGAGAAAAUAUUACCGUAUUGUGAUGGGAUAAUGACACAGCUUCUAAAGGACUUGUCAAGCAAUCAGUUGCAUCGGUCCGUUAAGCCUCCAAUUUUUUCAUGUUUUGGUGACAUUGCCUUGGCAAUUGGAGAAAACUUUGAAAAGUACUUGUUAUAUGCUAUGCCUAUGCUUCAGAGUGCUGCUGAGCUCUCUGCUCAUACUACCAAUGCUGAUGAUGACAUGACAGAGUACACAAAUUCAUUGAGAAAUGGUAUUCUAGAGGCAUACUCGGGCAUCCUCCAAGGAUUUAAAGGUUCUCCGAAGACCCAGCUUUUGAUGCCUUUUGCUACUCAUGUGCUGCAAUUCUUGGACAGUUUGUACGCGGAGAAGGAUAUGGAUGAUGUGGUGACUAAGACAGCAAUCGGUGUGCUUGGAGAUUUAGCUGAUACUUUGGGAAGUAAUGCCGGCCCCUUGAUUCAGCAGUCUGUGUCCAGCAAAGACUUCCUCAAGGAUUGUUUAUCAUCUGAUGACCAUUUGGUGAAGGAAUCUGCUGAAUGGGCCAAGUUGGCAAUCAGUCGAGCAAUCCAAUUUUGAAGCUAUUGCAAUUUCAUGGGUCUAGUUCUUUGCAUACAUCUAUCUGCAUUUGUUGCUUGGGGGUCUCAACUGCAUGCCAUGAGUCGGGUCAUCACCAGUUUUGGGCACAGGUGUUUCGGUCCUUUUGGCUGUCUGCAUUUCAAGUCACCAACAUGGAGUCAUCUUUUUCAUAUUUUUCUUUUUCCAAUUUAUUUUUCUGCAUUGCUGUGGAGGUAGUCCGUGGGUGGUGACCAAUCUUCCUGCUAACUUGGCAGAAAAGAUUUGGUUCUUUUAUACAGGAGGAAAAACAGGGUUAAAUGGGGUUUGAACUAGAAACGAGAUAUCCCAUGAUAUCUGCCAAAUAUAUUGGGCUUUCAUGAUUUAUUAUUUGAAUGUUUUGGAGUCUUUGGUGGUGGUCCAGAAAUAUUAUGUCCCUUUUUUUCUUUCUUUUACUAUUGGCUGUAGAGUGAAACAAUCAUCUUAGUCCAUCCAUGUGUUUGGAACAAAGGUAAUGCUACAUACUUUAGCCGUUCCUUGAAAUUACUCAUAAUUUUGUGUCUC